AUGCAGAGCUCGGAUCUGGGCAACAGGGAACAGGGCAAAAUCUGGCACCGCAGGCCCUCCCCGGCAACACAGCAGGGAAUCAUAGUAAAUAUUAUUCAUACUACCACAGGAUAUCAUUCUAAGACAAUACGUUUUUUGAAUGUGGCUUUUGACUGUUCAGGGGAGUUUCUACUUGCUGGAGAUCAUCAGGGGAAUAUUUAUGUUUUUGAUUUGGUGGGCAACAGGUUCAACCUGGUUCAACGAACAGGACAAGCUUGCACUGCUCUGGCAUUUACUCUUCGCAGGAAAACAGAAUUCCUUGUGGCUUUGGCUGAUUAUUCCAUCAAAUGCUUUGACACAGCAACCAAAGAACUUGUUAGCUGGAUGAGAGGACACGACUCUUCGGUGUCUUCCAUCUCCAUUCAUGGCUCUGGCAGAUAUGCCAUCACGUGCUCUACAGAUACAGCCCAACUUUGGGAUCUGGACACGUUCCAGCGCAAAAGGAAGCUGAACGUCCGCCAUUCUGUGGGGAUCCAGAAGGUAUUUUUCCUUCCUCUAAGCAACACCAUUCUCAGCUGCUUCAAAGAUAACUCCAUCUUUGCCUGGGACUUCGAUACUCUUCACUGCAAGUACCAGCUACCAUCGCCCAUCGAAGGGUCUUCGUUGCACUACAAGGUCUUCGCCAUCACCCGAGAUGGCCGUGUCCUGGCAACGGGAGGCAAAUCAAAUCACCUUCACCUAUGGUGCUUGGAGUCUAAGCAGCUGCUACGAAUUAUCCAGAUGCCAACCAAAGUGCGAGCCAUUCGCCACCUGGAGUUUCUUUCUGAUAGUUUUGAUGGGGGCUCUAAUCAGGUCCUUGGAGUGCUGAGCCAAGAUAAUAUCAUGAGAUUUAUCAACAUCAAUACAUGCAAGCUGCUGUUUGACCUUGGCAGCCACGAAGAAGGCCUCAGCAUGGCUGCCAUGAGCCCUUCUGGAAGAUACAUUGCAGCCGUGAUGGAGAACGGCAGCCUUAGCGUUUACAGCAUCCAGGCUCUGACCCAAGAGAUCAACAAGCCUCCCCCACCGCUGUUUAAAGUGAUCGAAGACUCUAAGAGCAAGUUGGAGGCCAACAAACGUACCAUGAGAGUCACACCCAGAACCUCAGAGAGGCCGUGGAAAGCCAAAAAGGGCAAAAUCCAAUCCAAGGUGUUUAAACCUCUGCUCGAUGUGUCGUAUGAGGACAAGGAGAAUGAGCUGCCAGAGGGGCUGAAUAAGAAGCGUCUCCAAGCUUUGCUGAAAGGGUUUGGAGAGUAUCCAGCAAAAUACAGGAUGUUUAUUUGGCGCUCCUUGCUUCACCUCCCCGAAAAUCACUUGGCUUUUAACAGCCUCCUGGAUAAAGGGACCCAUUCGGCCUUCGCACACCUUCAGAAGGAAUACCCAAUUAAAAGCAGGAAGCUCUUGAGAGUCUUACAAAGGACUCUUUCUGGCCUGGCUCACUGGUCCACCAUCUUUGGCGAGAUGCCUUACAUCCCUCUGCUGGUUUUUCCCUUCGUCAAACUCUUCCAGAACAACCAGCUCAUCUGCUUUGAGGUGGUGGCUACCGUAAUAAUCAAUUGGUGUCAGCAUUGGUUUGAAUUUUUCCCAAACCCUCCCGUCAACGUCCUCAGCAUGGUGGAAAACAUCCUGGCACAUCAUGACAAAGAGUUUCUUCACCAUUUGAUGAAGUACAAUAUAACCUCCCAGAGCUAUGCCUGGCCCCUUCUGGAAACCAUGUUCUCUGAAGUCCUGACAAGGGAAGAAUGGCUGAAAAUGUUUGAUAAUAUCUUCUCCAACCAUCCCUCCUACUUGCUGAUGGUGGUGGCUGCCUACCUUAUCUGCUCCAGGGCUCCAUUGCUUCACUGCAAUCAGAAGGAGGACUUUGAGUAUUUCUUCCAUCAUCGGAACCACCUGGACGUCAGCAUGGUGAUCCGAGAGGCCUACCAUCUCAUGGAGUGCACCCCGGACAACAUCCACCCCAUUCGUAUGCUGGAGGACUUCGCCCCGCUGACCAAAGGGCAGUACCCCAUCUUUAAUAAGUACCCCAAGUUCAUUGUGGAUUACCAGUCCCAGGAACGAGAACGGAUCAGACAGGAGGAAAUUGAGUACCUAAGAGAGAGGCAGCUGCUGCAUGAAAUUGAAGCCAAAGCAAUCGAGCACCGAGUAGAAGAUGAAACAUGGUAUCGGAAGCAGGAGCUGCUUCAAGAAGCCGAGGAGCAAAGGAGGAAGAUUCUUCUCACCGAAGAGGAAAAACUAGCAGAACAGAGGCGGCGGUUAGCUGCCGUCAAGAGAGAACUGAAAAUGAAGGAACUGCAGUUGGUGGAUGCCGCACGGAGACGCUUUCUAAAAUACCAGCAAGAUCAGCGGGAAAUGGAGGUUAAAAGACUUGACGAUGAAAUUGCAAGAAAGGCGUCCAUGCGAGAAGAAGAAACGGCAGCUACCAUUCGAGACGUCGAGGUGCGGCAGAUGGAGCUCGAAACUCAGCGGCGACUUUUUGAACAGAACCUUGUCAAAGAGCAGGAAGCCAUGACACAAGAAGUCAAAGGGGAGAUGGACACCAGCCGGAGGAAAGCUGAUCUCGAAGAACAUUUAUUUCAGAGGUUGAUUGAAGCAGAACAAGGAGGAAACUGGAAAGCUCAUGAAGUGCUCGAAGAAUGUUUGGCCAAAGCCCAUCAAGAAAACAUCGAUGUGAGUUGGCAAAUGGAGCUCCUCCACAAGCGAAUCGGUGACGACAUGGACCGGGACCAGCGAUACCAAGAGGUGGCCGAACUCCUUCACAAGACCAGAAUGGCAGAAGUUAAGCUGCUUGAGGCAAUGAAAGAAGAGUUGACCGAAAAGAUGGAGGAAACCGCGGGGAAAAAAGAGCAGCUGAUGGCACAGCAGGACAUCGCCGCUGCUUCGGAUGCCAACAGGAAGCGGUUUCUGAACCAAGAAAUGAAUGAUGCCAUAGAACUGGCAGUAAAGCUUCAGGAGGGAGAUGGCUAUUUUGAGCGACUGCGGGAUCUGAGAGCCUCCAAGACUCGACAAAGUUCAGAAUGCCAUCAGGAACUUCGGAAGAUGCAACAUAGCAACACCUGCUUAAACGAAUCCUCUGGGGGAGACUCCUCCAUCCACCUCUCUUUAGACCGAGGACGGCAGGAGCUGGAAUCGAAAGAACGGGAAAUAAUGGCUGAAGUUAGACAACUCAGGAAGAAGCUCAUGUCGCACGCUCGGGGGAAGGCAAGUUUACCACCAGAGGCCCAAUGAGAGAGAGAGAGCUGAAGGGCCCCCGAUACAGGCUCUCCAUGGACUUCCUCAAUGAGAUUCCAAGAAGAAGAGAUUGGUUUUGCAUCAUGUUUUCAAAAUACGUUUUAGAAUUAUUUUUGCAUAUAAAAAAUAAAACCUUUGAAC